AUGAAAAGGAAAAAGAAAUCUAUGGAUAAUAAAUCUGAUUGGUUCUUAAGGAAACGUAGGGGGUUCCGAGUUGUGCUUCCAGUUGGCCAGCAGAUACCUUCAUGUCUUCAUGGGCCUUGUUUGCUAUUUGAGCGCAAAAUUGAUAAAAAUAAAAAGGAGAAAUUUUUCUCGUGUGCUGUUUAUCGAUCUCACAAAUGCUGUUCAUUCCGAUUAAAUAUUACUGGAGACAUUCCCAGAUACCAUAUACUGGAUAGAUCAAGUAUUUUCAAAGCUUGCAGUCGUACUUAUUAUUAUGCUGCGAUACGAAAGAAAGUUAAUUCACUGAAAGCAGGAAAUAACGAAAUAUUUUACUGUACAACUUGCAAUGAUGUCUUUACAGCGCCACAUAUUCAUGUUGUCAAAGGACCUUUAAAAGUUGCAGAUAUACGAAAGCCUUCUCAACUUUUCUCAGCUUACACUCAAAAGAGUUCAGAAAGUCAGUUUUGGUUUUCAGUGGAGUCAUUGUUGUUAUUGGUUAACGCUAUCGAAAAUUUUGGUACUGAUGGGGUGUUGUGCAUCGGAACUCCAACAGUAUUUGAAUAUUUUCAAAGUCAAAAAAUACUUCGGAAAAAUAUUAAAUCAUUUUUGCUGGACAUAGAUGCUCGAUUUGCACCAUUUUGGCGUUCUAGUCACUUUGCAGUAUAUAGCAUGAUGACAAAUUUCUUUUUCGAUCCAAAAAGUCUUGACAAACUAAUUGUAUUUUUCAAAUCAGUCCACCAUUUAGUGAUAAUAUGUGAUCCUCCUUUUGGCGUUUUUAUAGAAGUUUUAAUGGAGUCACUAAAGAAACUUCGAGAGCAGUUCUUCAGUACCAGAAUGAAGGAUUGGAAUGAUUCGUGGUGCAAAUAUAUCAUCGUUCUUCCAAUUUUUACUGGCAAGCGCUUCUUAGUUGGCAAUGAAUUUCAUAUGUUGGACUAUAAAAUUUGUUAUGUCAAUCACUCAAGAUAUAAGCGAUCUGAAAAAUCAGUAGUUCGUAUUUUCACCGAUCUUCCACUAAAGGCCUUUGAUCUUUCGAGUUAUCCUGAGUAUAAGUUUUGUGACAAGUGUGAUAAGUUUGUUGCGAAGUCUAGUUCUCACUGUAAUCUCUGCCACGAAUGUCCUGCGGAAAUUAAUAUGUCCAAACAUUGUUAUGAAUGUGGUCGAUGUGUGAGAGGCACAUACAGGCACUGUGCGAAGUGCAGUUGUUGUCAUUUACCUCGACGAUGUUUGGAAAUUCAGAAGAUUGGCUGUAAAAGUAGUAUUCAGUUACAGAAAUAA